AUGGCGAAAAAUCACGUCUAUAGCAACAAUAACAACAACAACUGCAACAACAACAACUAUCAUAGAGGACAGAACAACAACUUCAACAUCAAUAGUAACCGUAGAUAUACCAACCCCAAGCGUCACGUCAACAACAGUUUUUUGAAUAAUAACAAUAGCCCCAACUAUAACAUGGUCAACAGACAACAGAAUAACAUCACCAACUCCUACAAUGAUCAACAACAAACCAACUCUAAUCGUUUCCAUGCUAAUCAACUGUUACCACCUGACAGGGGAUGGCGUUUAAUUGGAUCAACAAAGCGUUGGAAGGCUGACUGGCGAUCCUUUGACGAAAAGACGAAGCGUCGUGAAGAACAGGAUAGAAUACGAUUCAGAGCAUGGCGAAGUAGGCAAAAACGUUCACGACAACGAAAUCAAGCAUCUAGGAGCAGCAAUUUACCGAACAGAAAUCACGUCUAUAGCAACAAUAACAACAACAACUGCAACAACAACAACUAUCAUAGAGGACAGAACAACAUCUUCAACAUCAAUAGUAACCGUAGAUAUACCAACCCCAAGCGUCACGUCAACAACAGUUUUUUGAAUAAUAACAAUAGCCCCAACUAUAACAUGGUCAACAGACAACAGAAUAACAUCACCAACUCCUACAAUGAUCAACAACAAACCAACUCUAAUCGUUUCCAUGCUAAUCAACUGUUACCACCUGACAGGGUGCUUCUUGCAGCAGCGAAAGACCGAUUCUCCAGACCUCAAGCUAACUUCAUUCCAACGAUUCAAUUUCAAAGAGGCGAAACUCUUAACCCAUACCCGGCGAACGAUGCGUUUCCACCUUCUCAACCCCAGAUGAUCAGCGAACAUGCACAUCUUCCUACUUCACAAUGCAUUGCGCGCUCAUCUAGGCACUCGUGUCUUCAACGCAAUUGA